UCAUUGCAGACGCAGUGUGCGCAUUUCGGUCCCGAUCGGCCACGAUCUCUGCAGAUUCAGGGUCUUGCGAAUUUCUGAUCUGUUGGGUUAAUUUUGUUAAGCUUUUCGCGAAUUGGAUCACAGUUUUCAACGACUUUAGGGCGGGCUUCGGAUCUCGUUUCGGUGGCAAAGAGUCGAGGUUUAGUGUGAGGUUUCUCUCCGCUAGAGGUACUGAAAGAUCUGAUUGAUUGAUUGAUUGAUUGAUUGCUUUCGGCUGUGCUGAACGAUUGCGGAAAUCUUGCGUUGAGCGAUAUCGUGGUAGUUUUUCGGAAGCUGGAAUUUUCGAGAGUAGGAUGCCCAUGAUCAAGCGUCUGAAGAGUUGGUUGUGCAAGCCUCAGACGCAAACUCAGUCCGAUUCGGUUACAGCUAGCAAAUCACUGGAGGCGGGAAGUAUGGCAACUUCAGCUGGUUUGAGUACUUUUUAUGUAUCGCAUGGGUCGCCUAUGAUGCCACUUGAGGAUACUCCCAUACGAGAAUUCUUCUCCACUUGGACGGAGCGCUAUCCCACAAGGCCAAAGGCCAUUCUCGCAAUUUCAGCUCACUGGGAUACUCGAGAGCCUGCCGUUAAUGCUGUCAGCCAGAACAGCACUAUUCACGACUUUUAUGGCUUCCCUCGCGAGCUAUAUCAAUUGCAAUACACGCCUCCAGGGGCUCCAGACGUUGCAAAGAGGGUGACAUCUCUCCUCAAAGACGCUGGCUUCAAGACCGUCCUCGAGGACAACAAGAGAGGGCUCGACCACGGAGCAUGGACGCCCCUGAUGCUAAUGUACCCCAACGCUGACAUUCCUGUCCUCCAGGUCUCAAUCCAAAGCAACAAAGAUGGGCUUCACCAUUACCAGCUCGGCCGGGCUCUUGCACCGCUCAAGGACGAAGGAGUGUUAAUUUUUGCCUCUGGAACUACAGUCCACAAUUUGAGAGAGAUAGAUUUUUCUGCCAAGAAGCCAACUGUGUGGGCCAAGGCAUUCGACGGAUGGUUGACUGAUGUGCUACUCAACAGCAAGCACAAGGAAGCAAUGGAAUGGGAGAAAGCACCAUAUGCUUCCAAAGCUCACCCUCAUCCAGAUCAUUUCCUGCCUGUGUUGGUUGGGUUGGGAGCUGCGGGAGAGCAAUGCCAAGCUGAGAAGAUAUAUGAGGAAUUCGCAUAUGGUUUGGCGCUUUCAUGUUUUGCUUUCCAUCCUCAAAACUAGUAUGGUAGUUGUUGGUUAAAGUUUUCCACAUGUGCUGCUUGAGUGGAUGCUCACCACACAGCUGGUUAAACAAUUUCCAAUGUGUGGAUAUUGAUUUGUAUUUUUCAUUCUAUUUUGAAUAAAUAUGUUAGCUCCCGUAUCUUGUAAACCAGUUCUUAAA